AUGUUUUUUUCAGUUCUCAUAUGGAAGGCGACCAUCCAUCUCCAUGACCACGAAAGGUGCUUGGCGUUUUGCACAGUAUACCUCGACCUAAAGGAUAAAUAUAGGGAAAGAGGGACAGCUGAUGUGGACCCGACAGUGACCGCUCCUCUCCCGGAUCCUAUGAGAACGGGCAGAGCCACAAGUGCUGUGUCGUUGACAGCAGCAAGAACUCAGGAUGCGCGUCCACCCAGUAGCACAGCACGUCGGUCUACAUCAGUUACUCGCGAGGAUGCACGUACAGCAGAAUUGCGAACGAAAUUGCUGACCAUGGAAGCCGAAGUCAAUAAGCUGACUGCCGAAAACGAUCUCAUGAAGACAGAGCUAUCUAAGAAAAGGACUGAACUCCUCGAGAAGGAUGAGACAAAUAGAAUUUUAAACAAUUAUGUGGUCGAUUUAAAAGGACAGAUUCGAGUUGUAGUACGCGUCAGACCUCCACUUGGAAAAGAAAGGGAUGCUCCUAUCACCCAUAUAAGCUACCCCUGCCCCUUCUCAAUCAAGCUGGAUCAGGGGAACUUAUCGCAAACCUACAACUUCCAAAGGGUUUUUGGUCCAAACGUGACUCAGGCAAGAUUGUUCGCCUACGUGGAGGAGUUGAUUUUGUCUUGUUUACACGGAUACAACGUUUCAAUAAUUGCUUAUGGGCAAACAGGAAGUGGGAAGACUUUCACUAUGAGAGGAGGUGAUGAUGAUUCUGCCGGAGUAAUUCCUCGCGCGGUCCGGUUCCUUUUUCGCUCAAGAGACAAGCUUUCAGAUUUAUAUUGGGAUUUUGACUUCGAAGCUUCAUUCCUGGAAGUGUACAACGAAGAAGUCUACGAUUUGCUCGCGAACAGAAACAAACUAGAGGUGAAGAUUGGGUCUGGAGUUACGGUUAUCACCGGUCUGAAGCAGCGCAGAAUUGUGAAUGAGGAGGAUAUUGAAACUAUACUUGCCGUGGCGGAUCGCACAAGGUUUACUGCUUCUACAAAGUGCAACGAGCAAUCCAUCAGAAGUCAUGCCGUUUUUGCUCUCGCCAUUCACGGGACUAAUAGAACGACAGGAGUAUGCCGCAGCGCCACCCUACAUCUCGUUGAUCUUGCCGGAUCGGAGCGCGUGAAAGAGUCUGGGGCUGAAAGCGACCGCUUUAAGGAAACGACAUAUAUCAAUUCCGCCUUGUCGAAUCUUCAAAACUGUAUUCGUAGUCAGCUGAAUAAGAGCACCCACAUCCCCUAUCGGAAUGCUAAACUUACAAUGUUAUUAUGGGACUCGCUUGGAGCAGGCAAUUCCAAAACGUUAGUCAUUGUAACUUUGAAUCCAGCCAUAACACAGGCUGAGGAAACCAAACGUAGCUUGGACUUUGCUCAGCAGAUGAGCUUCACAAAGAUUGGAUGCGCCAGGAAGCAAGAACACAUUCAUCCACAGGGAGCAGCAUCGGAUAAGCAUUCCGAGUCUAGGAGCCUUGCCACUGUUCAUUAUCAUAACACUUGCUUCAAAGUCUUGCGGAAAUCUCUGUCAAUUUCUUUCACAUUAGCUACUUGGUCCAUUUUUCCUCGGGAAUUAUGCCUAUGUGCCUAUCAUUUUCUGGAUAAGGAUCGACAUGUCAGCUGCGGACUCGUACUAGGUGACUAUCCCGAGAAGAGCUGCACACCCAACCCUCAUCAUACGCAUGUUAGCCCUGAGGUGACAGUCAGGCAUGAGAGUGUGCAGGGUGUGACAACUGCCAAACAGCAGGCUGCUCACGUGUCUCUUGGCGACAAGUUGGAUUGCAAUGGGAAGAAAAAUGGGUUCUAUUCACGCGACUGCGUUAAGACCUAUGUUUACUGCGAGAAUGGUUCGGCGAUUACUAUGAAUUGCCCUCACGAUUUGGUAUUUAACGAGAGGAAGGUCCAAUGCGACUAUUUGGAAACUUGGCAGACAGAUUUUGAAACAUCUUUGGCGACACCAACUAUUACCUUCAUCAAUCCUGCGCCAACCGUGCAAGUACUAAUACCCGUUGCUCAAAAGUCUUUCGAUUGCAAGGAAAAAUCCAAUGGAUACUAUUCCCUUAGGUGCACGCCUGACUACGUUGCAUGCGUCGAAGGAGUAGCAACUGCAAUGCGAAAAAAAAGUAGCCUGCGAUUAUUCGGAAAAUUGCUUAAAAGCGCCAGUAGCACUAUCUUCGCCAGUUACCUCCACGGAUUCGGUGCAAAGCGUCGUCCAACGUACAGCAUCGCAAUUGACAUUAAAUUGAUUGCAUUGGAAAGAAGGACGGCUACUAAUCCAAAGGUUGCUCCUCCACCUUCGUACUGUGCAAUGAGGGAGUGA